CAUCCAUCAAGAAAAGAUACUGCCGUCUGCAUGCCAGUGAAGAAACGAGUGAGCAACCACAAUAAACAACAAAGAGACGAUGCUGCUUCCACAAUCAUAACAUAAUCAAGCUAGACUAGUCUAAGAUGGGGGACGCAGUGACAACCACUCUGUUGCUGAGUGACUGGGAACGCUAUGGGCUCUCGGAACGUGUGUGUUAUCAUUUUGAUCUGACGGAAGCUCUGGCUUCUUCCUCCCAACAACAAGCACCACCCCAUGGAGCUCCACCUUCUACUGGUAGUGAUCCAGAAGGAGGCAAUGCCAGUGUGGACAGCACUACCGGUACUCAGGAUCGCCCCACCACCAGUCCACCUGCAUCUAACCCCAAUGAUACACCCAAUGAUACCAGUGCUGCCGAUGAAGCUGCCGUCGCCACAUCGUUUCAAGAACAAGUCUGUGGUGUGGCGGGGAUUCUGGAAUGCGUGCCCUUUACCCCCCUCAAUCGACUCACCAAACGACAAAAGCGAGCCCUGCGGAACGAAAUUCGAGACUUUAAUCUGGAGUGUCUUCGCAUCAAGGAUGACAAGAAAAAGAAAAUUGCCUGUCAUGAACCACGGCGAUUGCCACUCCGUCUCAAUCCAGCCUCCCGACUCUUUUUCGCCUAUGAAAAGACACGCAUCUGCUUUUGUCUCGAUGCAUCGCCCAGUCUCACAUCCACCUUUGGAGGGAACAUUAUGGAUGAUACCACUGUUGUCUGUCCCAUGGAUCGAGUGGCAUCCAUGGCUCGCACAUUCUUUACUUCACUGGUGGAACCCAUUGAAGCACCCUCCAUUCCCAUUGCCAAAGUGUGGAGACCCGAAAUUGCCGUUUCUGUCAUUGCCGUAUAUCCACGCGGAAUGGGUCUGCCCACCACCAGUUUGUUGGUACGAGAUUACCGGGUCUAUGACAAACAAUCGGCAGAGACAUUGGUACAUCACUUGGAAGAAUGGGCACUGCAAGAAGUGGAAUCCGAAAUUGCGAGACGACUGUCGCAAAAGCAAAAUCCAGCAUCCAACAGUAGUCUACUGGCAGGAUACGAUGCCUGGAGUAUUCAAUUGCAUUCGUCAUCCUUGCGGGAUAUUCUCGAUGUGGGAGAUGUCUCGCUCAGCAUUCUCUCGUCGGCUGCCAAACCCUGCAUUGUUGUGGCAACCGAUGGGAGAUCUGUCUCAUGCGAUGGUGUCAUUGACAUUUUGACGGAUGCCAAUCGAUCCGAUGUCCCGCUGGUGGUUCUGGAUCUUUCCAGUCCACAGUCCCAUUCACAGCAUCAUCACGCGGAGAAUAAUAACCAAGCAGCAGGAGAAGCUCCACAACGAUCGUACUAUGAUCUGCUUAGUUUGAUUCAUUACGAUCCAGGUGGACCCUCCACAUUUCCUCUGCACUUGUCCGAUGACACGGAGGCAUUGCAUGGGAUUUGCCGGGCAACUGGCGGUUGUUUCUUUGAUGCCGAAUUGCUGCAACAGGCCGCUGUGACCAAAGCAGGACAAAUAGAGGAAUCGCCCUUUCACGCCGAUCAUUACUUUUCAUUCAAGCGACGAUCCGUCAAGCCCAAUGCCGUGCAAUGGUACCUCUUGUUCUCCCUCUCACCGCUCUCACCCACGUUUAGUUCCUCCUGGGGUAAGAUUAUACCACCAAGGUACUUGCGACAACGACCACAAUCAAACAACAACAAUUUCAUCACGUCUCCGGACACCAUCAUGACAACCGAACGACGGCCCUGGGAAAACAAUCAUCGACAAUCACCUACUAGCGAUAUUCGACGAGUCGAUGUAGUGCAACAACAACGCAGCAAUAAGGCACUCUCUCGGACCACGUUUUCCACAUACAUUGUCUCACCCAUCCGCAUCAAAGGGCUCGUCAUGAUGAGAGUCAAGGAAGGCUAUCGAGCCAAACAGUACGGACAGAGUACACAAGAUACUGACAAGGUGGGGAUACAAUUCAAUCUACCUCUGGAGUUGGGGACUGUCUUGCACUAUGAGCUAUCGUACAAGGCGUUGCCCAAUCAAAGUCACAUGGUGGGUGUGGCCCAUAUCAAGAUUGAACUCUCGGGUGAGCCAGGGUUUAUCCAGUCAGUCAAGAACGAUUUCCUACGACAGACACAUGUCGGUGGACGACCCGUCGUGACCAUGGCGCAACAGAUUUCGGCGCGACUGUGCAAAAUUUUAUUGUGGAUUCGGCGGGAAGAUUGCUUGCAGUCGUAUCUGUGUCCGCUGGUGUGGUCCGAUCAGCUUGCGAGUCCCGAAACACCGUUUGUCCGGCGCUUGAGAACGUUGACUGGGUUGCAGCGACGAAAGCACUUUCGAUUCGAUCAAUUCGAUGUCGUUUGCACCGGCCGCAUGCCAUAUGCUCUUGAUGAUGGGUUCCUCAGCGAAUUUCUGGGGUCAGAUAACGGAGAACAGGAGCUGAUUGAUUUCAUGGAAGAAUGGUCGGCACAGACAAUCAAACCGGGAUGUCGAUACAUUAAGCAGACGGAUGGUUCUGGCAGCAAAGCUCUGGCCAAUUAUUGUGUUGUCGAACUGUCACAAUCACAGGCUGCUUCACGGGUGUUUACAAUUUCAUGUGAAUUCUUUGGGAGCACUGGGGCUCCGGAUCGGCUGGAGCUGAUAGCUGGCUUGAAGGAUGAAUUGUCCAAUUUACGGGAUGUUGAAGUGUUAUCCAAGCAAAUGGCGGACUACCUCGUAGGAGUAAGGAAGCAACAAGACUGGGACCCGCAUCUUCGCUGGAAACGAAGCUUGCUUGAAGAUCAGCAUCAUCACGCUUCGUGGGAUCUUGUGAAAGACCCAGAGCUUCUCCCGCUCCUUAUGAAGCGAAGAACUGAAAUUGGCAUGUUCAUCUUGCUGGAUUCUAGGGAUGAUUAUGCACUCUUUGCCAAGUUGGUGCCAAGCUACAAGCAAACUGGUGAAGAGGAUUUGAUCCAAUACCAGAUUGCAAUCCUGGCAGAUUGUGUAGUGAUUGAAAUUUACAUGGAGAGUACAUGUGGUGACUUCGUUCCAUUCCGUACAACGGUGGAGAGGCAAGACCAGCCAAUGACUCAGUUUCACAAGUUUGUCAAAACGCUGAAACGUCGCGAUCAGGAGUGCGGGCGGGCGCUGAGAUGCAGAACGGUUCUACUAAAAGCAUUCGAAAGUGAUGAUGGUGGCUACAACGAUGAAGAAGCCGAAGUUUCUUGUGUUCAGCGGCUGCUUCCGUACGCAAACAAAGUGACCAGAAGACUGCGUUUCUUCCAUCCAGGGACAGGCUGCGCCAACGACGCAUUGCAGAGUCUUUCGGGUGGCCUCCUACUAACUAACAUGUUCGGAGUGCAAGCAGCACCGCUUCCAAUUAAUCCCAAGGAAAACCUGGGUGGUCUUGGCAGCGGUUCCUGGUUCAUCAUUCGUUUCGAUCGACACACCAUGAGCAUCGUCCAUCAAUCCCGUAUUGACCAGCAAGAGAUUGGCACGGAAGAGCAAGGGUGUUAUACGUACAGAGAACUCACCUACUUCACAAUCGGGAUCAGUGAUCUAUAUUCGAUGCGCGAGGACAUUGCUGACGACGAUUCAACAAACUCCCAUAUCAGCGAGUACCUGACCAUGGUAGAAUUCGCUGAUCACUGGGAUGCAGCACACACAAAAAUAUACGCUACAGCCGCAUACGUAGCUUUGAGGCACGAAUCAAUUCCGGUGGAGAGUUUCCACACGGAUGACUUGGACAGAGUCCUUGGAGUUUGUGAUUUUGUGCAGGUCGCCUCUGUCCUGGUUGGCGGUGUACCCACUGGCACCUCUGACAGCGAUGUAGUCAAUGAAGGCGAGUCGAAACUGCAAGAGCUGAUCUUUACAAUUUUGGGUGAAGUAGGGGGUUAUCAAGGCGGUGACUACACACUGUUUUACUACAAGAGAGGUGGUGAAGAAGUUUUGAAGCUCGACGAGCAAGAAACAGAGUCCUUGAGCACCUUUGAUGAGUUGGAUGCAAUGGGCAAUGUUGAGCUGGAAGAAGAGGACCCCGACAACGAUCGUCUCACCAGAUCGAUUGAUGACAAUUCAGCAACCGUUGACUUUGCAUCACGGUCAGACGAUGGCUAUGAACGUCAACCUGGAACUGGAGAAGACCAUGCCCGAGGGCAUGAUACAAACGCACCAUCAGAUAUCAAGGAACUACUCGCCCCGCCCGUUUUUGUACGCUUCACUUUGGAUGGCAAGGCUGCAACUCUCAACGAUCUCUCGUUGAUUACGAAAAGUUCAAAUCUUGAGGCGCAUCUCUCCAUCUUUCUGAAAGACGGGCAGAAAUCGUCCAAUAAAGUGGUUGAGCAACAAUCUCAGCUUCCCGCUUUCCACGGCAAAGUUGCCUUGGAGCUGGUGGCUCUCAUGAAUGCGUAUGUUGCAGAGCAGACGCUAGAGAGGCUGAGGCAUUUCGGGCAAGAGCUGAGAGAAGAUGACCUAAAGGUUGUGAAGAGUUGCCUCCUUGGGGCUCGUAACGUGAUCAGGUCCAGAAUCGAAGUAUUUUUCUACUCAACCAAGAUUGAUGCGAUGGUACCCGCACUAGCCCCCGCGGGACGCGAAGCAGCAAUAGAGGAAGGUUUCAAGCUAUUGAAAAAAGAACUCCUCAAGAAUGAUCUGAUAACUCUCAGAGCUUUUGCAGGGGACGUAUUUGUUGCUAUUGAUUCAAAGGGUGGAAACACGUUGGAUUUUUGGUGUUUCAUUUCUCUCAAGCGGACCCACAUCAGUGUGAAGGUUCAUCACUCUCAGGGAGCUGAGACAGCCUUUGAGGUCAUGUCGAAAGUGCAAGAAAUGAUCUCGCGUUGUUGCCACCGUGUCAACCAGUUACGUUUACUGAAUCAGCUACACCGGAGCAGAACUGCGAGCGAGCUGUUGAUCCCCAAAGAUACGAUGGUAAUCGAAGAACCAGAAGGUGACGCUGAGCAACUUUUUCGGUCUGGUGUCUUCAGGUGCCCUGUUGUGUUCCGCACGUCGUUUGAUCUUUUUCAUCGUUGUGCAACCAACCCAGCACAAGUUGCGCGAAAGCUGGAAAGCACAGUGCUUCAUAGCUUUGCUGUGUCAAACAGGAGAAAUGCUUUUGUAUACAAAGACGAAACAGGGGAUGUGUUUUACAUGAUGCUGGAGCCCCGUGGUGGCGGUGUCGAACCAGAUGGUCAAAUAGAUCUACUUGUGUAUGGAAUCCAAGAGCCUGGGCCGUCAAUUACUUCGCAACUUGCUCAGCUUCUGCAGCGGAGACUUUUGCUGAUAGCCGUGGAUAUGCUUAGCGCCGUGCUAACAAAGAACCCACAUUUCCAUUGGAAGAGGCAGGAUCUUGACUUCAUCCACUCAUUUGAGGAGGAUUGGAGAAGGUUAGACGAGACGCAUGAUAACAAACCAGAGGACCAAUGUGUCGAGUACAUCUUCCCUCGAUAUCCUACGGACCCAGGAAUGAUACUUCUCUACUUUCGUCAAAACCUUUGUGGGUCUACAUUUUUCCACCGCCUACACAAGUCAGUCGGCGAAGUUAAGUACGACAAGAACGAGUUCGAGAGUGAAGAAGUCCAGUUCAACGAAAACGACUUCACCUUUUAUUACAACAACAGCCCCAGCAAGCUUGAUCCUGGCUUUCAGCCGUGGAGCACACUCACCGAGAAAGGGGCAGGUUACAUGCGUCAGGCCGGCUCAGGCAUUGCCAUCAUCAAGGUUGCGCUGGUUGCCACGGGAAGUUUCCUGCCUGUCGAAGAAAAGAUCCGCUUUGGAGUUCCCCUUGCAGAGUUGGGUAAUAAUGCCCCCCUGGAGACUAUGAGAAUGAUAAGAGCAAAAGCAGGUGAUGAAGAUGAAACUCACUUUGAAGGCCAACCCGCAAUUCGCAUUCGAGUUGGAAUUGCAUCGACGGCACUGAAGCUAGCGGCACUGCAUAGCUGGGUGCUCCUGACGUUAGACCAAGUGUAUUCUGCUUGGUGUGUCGAGCGACACCUGGAACGGAUGCAGCGAAAUCUAAUACCACGCCCCUUGGUGCAACUGGUUUCGUCGGAUGCAGCAUCAAAGGAGACGGAUAUCGAGAGCAUUUACCCCGGACUGAGGGCUUUGAUGUCUUUCAUCGACUCAAACUUCGAUCUUCCUCACCCUGCCUUGGAGAAGACAGUUAGUGAAGGCAUGAUACGAGCAUCGUCGGUUGCUGCAGUGGCCAUGAAAUUCAUGGAGAGUUUUGUAUCUCUGGUAGAACAGGAGGUGGGUAAGAAUACUCCAGCCUCGCAAAAACCUGCCAUCUCGGACAUCUUUGUUAUUAGGCUAUCUCGAUCGGCGCAGCCUCAGGUGGUUCAACUGGACUACAAUGCCAGGAAAAAGGACGUCGUGGCUCGUGCUUUGCAAAGGGAUGGAAAAGGUGUUGCAUUCCGUGACAAGCCAAUUGAUUGCCCCGAGUACAUUUUGUUUUUCCUUGACCCAACAAAAUAUGCCGAAACAGGUAGAGCUCCAAUGAGUCUUCCUUUGAUGUUCAAAGAAGUGGUUGUAGACGACGGCAACAGCGACAAGAGUGCAUCCAUUUGUCACCUCGAAGCACUGAAAGGAUCCAGCCCAGAGACGUUCUACCGUAACUUUGCAUUCAUCGUUUCUGUGAAAAGAAACCGUAGGCUCUUCCUUUCUUACAAUUGGGCCCCGCAGGCGCUCAAAGCGAUUGCAUCCACCAUGCUUGAAAACGACCGUGCCCUACUGAAGAAAGCUUCGGUUUCAACGGAUUCACUUCAGCAACGUGCACUGAGGUCCCUUGCACCACCUUCCGAAGGAAUGGGAAAGAAGGUUUCGAAUGAAGCUGACAAUUACUCUGUUAAGUCAGAGCGCACGAGCACAACUUCUAGCUCUCACCCGAGUGAAAAUCAAAGUGGUGGCCCUUCCACUGGAAAUGGAUCCUACAAACCACGGAUUAGCCGUCCUACCUUCAUAAGACGUCCAAAGCUGAUUGGAAAAUCCGUUGAAGGGGCCGCAAUGCAAGCCGUUGCAGCCUCACGUGCCCGAGCCAGCAAUAAGCAACGAUUCCCCAGUCGGGGAGCAGCAGCCACAACUGCAUCUAGUCAGCCACAAAGGCCGCCCGACGGAAGGGCGUCGGUGCAGUCGGCUACUGCGACAAGCCAACGGAAAGCUCAAACAAACCAAGCUGCUCUAGUCAACAGAACUCAGGCUUCAGCACAGUCUGAUGAGUUUUUUGCGGCAGCAAGAAAACGGUUUGCUUUGCUCUUGGCUGGAUCUUCGGCAACAAUGCGAGUCUGGAGCUCCCAACAUUGGCAUUCCGUACAGAGAUUGACCAAGCUUUGGUGGCCCUCAAGAGCGAAUACGAUGAUUCCACGGUCGGUGGGUGAAUUCAUCCUCUCCCAAGUCCCCAGAACUUGGAGUGAUGCCCGAGAGGUUCCACACGUCCCAACUACAUUGUUGAAUUCCUUUGCAAUCUCCCUUGCUCAAACAAUACGAAUGUGGAACCCGGGGGUACUUCUUGUACCGGUUCCCUCACAGGAUAUGGGCAAAUUGAAUUCUGUGCUCCUAAUGGGGGAAAUGAAAGCAGUUAGCAGCUGUCGAUGCCUGGUGAUCUUUAAGUUCAGUGUGUCAAAAUUUGGGGGGAAGGGACGCCAGAGGAAUGUCCUACGUGGGCAAGGCUGGACAGUAACUCUGCCACGGCACCUGAAAGAGUCGCGAAACAAUCGACUUCUUGUCAACGCUGCCAUGGCGGAAAAGGACGGAGCCGGGAUAGAUCGGCAAAGUGUGGAGUUGCACUCUUCACUUGACCUGGAUUGCUUGAUUCUGGACUUCUUGGGGUUUAGCAUUGAACGAGCAAUGAGAUCAUUGGAUAAUCGCUUGUCAACUGGUGACAUUAUCCCAUUGAUCAAAACACUGAUCAAUCGGUAUCCCUUGUCUAGGCAAAAAGAGAUGCGAAGAUUGAAUUACAGAGUGUUUGAAGCCGACAUAGUGUUGGCGUCCUACGAAAAUCGCUUGAUCAAUUUCUACGAUUCCUAUGUGCAUUACGAGUGGCUUCGUGCCCAUGCGGCUGAUCGAAGUCUUGUUCUUUGCGGGUCUGACGGACUAUGCUUCAAGAAAGAAGUGAUUUUGGCAAAUGGAGUGCAUUCUAUUUGCUUUCUAACUUGCGACAAGACCGAGCCCGAGAAGAUGCACCUGCUGAUUGUGGCUCGGACUGAAGGAAAGGAUCUCCACGAAUACAUCUUCGUUAGUGGCCCUCACUAUGAUUAUGGGAUGACGAUGAGGGAUACAAUUGCUGGUGAAGCUGCAGGGAUAGUGUAUGCUGAAUUGAGAGCAGCUGCUUGGGACCUUCGCAGCAACGAACUUUGGAAAAAGGUUGCAACACGAACAGGAGGAGAAGCGGUCUCUGAAGAAGAUGUAGAUGAGCUACUAGUCCUCGUCCCACCAAUCCCCUUGCUCGAAAACCUAAGCCAGGUCGACCAAGAGCGAAUUGCCAUGGUGAUGGGAAGUGGUCUCGAUUUGUUGAAUUGCUGCGCUGCCAUGCAAAGUGAGCCUGCUUUCUCCCCGUCUCACUCUUUCACCUCGUCGGAUUCAAGAUCCAGGCUUUUCCUGUUUCACCUAAAAGGAGAGGAUCUCUUCUUGAUCUUCCGGCUGAGUCUACAAGGUGAGCUGAUCGAGUUGUCAUUGGCUUCAAGGGAGGACAACUUGGUGAAGAAGGGGCAACGCAUCUUGGUGGCCCAGAAGGUGACAAACUAUCUUUUGAACUUCCUCUGGUUGACCAUCUAGAGCAAUUCAUAGGCUGCGGGCUGUCUGUCGAGGAGAGAAAUAGGUCAGAUAUCUAAAAACAUGUUUAUUUUUAGUUUGGGCUGAAAAGCUUUUGUGGUGAACAUACAGGGGAUGAGGUACCUUUCUGAUAUCUAGCUGAAGCGUCUUUCGUUUGGGUUUUGACUGUCCAGUGUCCGUCUAUGAUAGUAGCUCGUAGUUUGAUGAGGUUUUGAAAUAGUUCACCUGACGUUCCAUAUUGUGGUUGUAGAAACAUGAAAGCAUAGUGUCUUCAUCUUUCAUCACUUGUUUGGGUGGACCAAAACAUCAGAGGGAAAAGUACCUUGCAUUCAACAGCCUAUAGAAUCUGAUCACCCAAAUGGUCUUCCAUUGCUGUGACGAUUGCCUCAAAUUACCACCAGCACCGACAAUGGAGGCUCUGUUGUGCAUAGAGCGAGACACGCCGGAAAAAGCAAGACAUGCCUGUUUUUGUAUGUCACAAUUGAUCGAUGGCGCCAAAUGGCCGAACAAUGCUUGCAACAUCCCGACACUUCCAAUGGACCCUGCUUUGAUUAUGGACUCGGCUCAACUCCACUCCACUCAUAGGAAACAAAAGGAAAGUGUCAAGGGCCACGCAAGCAUAGGAUUGUACCAGGGCUCGGCUGAUGUGCACAUUUAUGUGGGAAUGCGUUCAAUUCUCAUGGAAUUUGGCACUGCAGGCAGGACCCAAAAUCUCUGACCAGAACAAACACCAUGGGACCCAAACCUGUCAGAGAGACACGGUGUGGACACAGACAGCACAAACAGUCCAUUGGGUUGCAAGCGACGCGACAGAGAAACAAGUUCUGCAAUCAUGUAACGGCUUGGCUCGACUCUCCUCGCAAUGUCCUUUCUGUCCGUAGCUCCUCCACCCAGCCACAGUACAUACAUGUUCUCCAGGCCACAACCAUACAGCGAGCAGCCACCACCCUCGUCGUCCUGCCAUUCAAGCAGCCAGCUCUCGUCGCCCCUUGCAGCGUCGAUCGAGAUGACAACAUCGCAUGAGUUUCCUCCGACUUUUUUCCCGCAGGGUCACUUUUGUGGCGCCUGAGGACACUUUGCGGCUGCUUGAAGCUAGUCCCGUAGCGAGGGUGCGAGAGAUUUAACGAAGCAAAUCUGACGUCAUGAAACAAAACCAGCUGAGUCGGAACAGUGGAAUAGCAUGGGACAGUAUUUCUUGAACCCAGGGCUGUCAUGAAGCAGUUUACAAAGCAGUCAUCCGAAAUGGCUCUCCCAGAGGACAAAAUAUCUUGUUUCCAGGGCUAGAAUGCUAGGCCGUACAAAGUCCUUACAGCUCAUAAAAACGUUCCGACAGCGUCCGCGGAAACAGAAAUUGUACAUAACUCUGCCCCUAACUGCACAGGGCGACCCCG